AUUUGUCGUCAAAAUUCAUAUUUAACUUCACAAGGAAAAAAAGAAGGGGGUAGGUGUGCGCGCGUUGGGGAAGAGAUGACGACUGUGGCAUCGCCAUGGACGAAGACAGCCUUCCUAUUUUCUCGCGUAAAUGGCCGUAUAAAAACCCCUCACUCUCCUCUCAAUUUACAGUUUCGCCACUCCCUUCCCAACUCGUUCACGCUCUUCUCUCCUACGACUCGCCCUCUCUCCAUGGCCGCUUCAUCCUCUGCUCAACCAACCGCAAAUCCUCAGAGUGUGUCACCUGGAGAUGGCAGCAAAGACGCUUCCGAUGUAUUUCAUCUGAUUCAAGCACAUCAGGAAAAGGCAGCUCGGCUUGCUCCGAUUGAGGAGAUUCGAACUUUGCUUGAUCACAGUGUGCGCGGGAUGCUCUCUACCUUUUCUCAGAAGCAUGAGGGCUACCCAUCAGGAUCGGUGGUUGAUUUUGCCUGUGACGCAGAUGGAUCUCCAAUAUUAGCUGUCAGCAGCCUCGCAGUCCAUAUGAAAGACUUAACAGCUAAUCCCAAAUGCUCAUUGCUUGUGGCUAAAGAUCCUGAGGAUAGAACUGAUUUAGUAAUCACUGUGCAUGGUGAUGCUAUUUCUGUUUCUGAAAAUGAUAGACCUGCCAUUCGUGCUGCAUACUUGGCGAAGCAUCCAAAUGCUUUCUGGGUUGACUUUGGUGACUUCCAAUUUAUGCGCAUCGUACCAAAAGUUGUACGGUAUGUUUCGGGGGUUGCCACAGCUUUAUUAGGAUCAGGAGAGUUCAGUGGAGAAGAGUACAAAUCCACCAAAGUUGAUCUGAUAGCUCAGUUUUCUAAGCCUGUUGCGUCUCACAUGAAUAGAGAUCAUUCUGAAGAUACAAAACUCAUCGUGCAACACUGGACAUCAAUUCCGGUGGACUCUGCUUACAUGCUGGAUUUAGAUAGCCUUGGUUUCAAUGUUAAGGCUGGUUAUGAAGGGAACACUUUCAAGCUUCGAAUACCUUUCCCUAGACGUGCCGAAGAUAGAAAGGAUGUGAAGACUCUUGUGGUGGAAAUGCUUCAAGCUGCUAAGCCUCAAACUGAUUGAUCUCAGAGCAGAAAAUAAUAGAGACAUAUUCUGGUUAUGUUGGAUUGUGCAGAAAAUCACAGUUGCCUUCUCUGGACAUGGACAAAUUCGAAAUCAUGGAAAACAUGUGAGCAAAGAUAACUCUGUUGGAAAAUGGACAAUGAACUGGGUAUACUUUUGCCUCUCUCUCAUGAAUAACCAUUAGAAUCACAACUGGCUGAUGUAUAAGUGGUAUGAGACAUUCAAAGAAAAUGCCAUUAUUCUGAAUGAUAUUGGUCAUAUAUGUAAGUAGCUAUAAAGAAUUAUCUGUCAAGAAACCCAAACGCAUUUGAAAUAAUAUAUGAGAAAAUAUGAUAGUGUUCAUAUA